AUGGCCGGAGAAGGGGGAGAACUGACGGUGACUCUGCUUACAAAUACGGUGGAGAACGUCGGAGAAAAUGAUAAGUUGGAUAUGAAGGAGAAGGUUUGGAGGGAAUCUAAGAAGCUGUGGGUUGUGGCGGCGCCGGCCAUCUUCACGAGAUUCUCUACGUCCGGAGUAUCUUUGAUAACACAAGCUUUCAUUGGCCACCUUGGCCCCACCGAGUUGGCUGCUUACUCCAUCACCCUCACCGUUCUCCUCCGUUUCAUAACGGCUCAGUCUCAAGAAGUGUUACCACUGACAAUAUUCAUUGGCCACAAAUGUCCAAUGGUGACCUGCCAUGGCCACAAAGGUCCAAUGGUGACCUGCCAAUGCCAUCGUUUGUGGGAUUCGUAG